UUUAUAAAAAAUAAUAUGUUGUACACAUUCAUGUAAAGAUAAUAAUAUAGAGAACUUCUGUCAGAACGGUCCCAUGGUGUAAUGGUUAGCACUCUGGACUUUGAAUCCAGCGAUCCGAGUUCAAAUCUCGGUGGGACCUGGUCGAUAUUUUUUUUAAAUAUUUCAAUAAAAAAAUUUUUUUUAUUUCUCACUCAUAAACACACUUGCGCUAAAAUCUGCGACUCGUUGUAUCGCGUAAUAAGUUUGUUAAAAAAUUGUCGAGAAACGUUUUGCAAUUCAUCCACAUGUUUACUUCUGUCCAUAACCUAAUCUUAACCUCUAACUCGAGGCUUUUUACUUGUCUCUAACGUAAAAAGCAAUUUAUGUAUACGUUUAUAUAAACCACGUGCUAAAGUAUUCUUGAGAAUUCGAUUGCUUGCGAGAAAAGAUCAAGGGAUGGCCGAGCAGAGCGAUUCCGUGGUAAUUAUCAAGGCGAAGCCUGUUCGCAAAGUUUUCAAAGCUCCCAUGAGAGCCAGCAAGAUUCCCGAAGAGCUCCUGAACAAUUCUCUGCUGAAUUCUGCCAUAGCAGCUCUACCUGCGAAUUAUGAUUUCGAGAUACAUAAGACAAUAUGGAGAAUCAGAGAGGCCAAGGCGAAGCGAGUCGUGCUUCAAAUGCCAGAAGGCCUUCUGAUGUAUGCCACAACUAUUGCUGAUAUCAUUGAAGACUUUACCGAGGCGGAAACUGUCAUUAUGGCCGAUGUCACCUAUGGUGCCUGUUGUGUGGACGAUUACAUAACACGAGCGUUGGAUGCAGACUUUCUGAUCCACUACGGACAUUCGUGUCUCAUACCCGUGGAUCAGACUGCCGGUAUCAAGGUGCUUUACGUGUUUGUUAGCAUAAAAAUUGACAUUUCGCAUUGCGUGGAUUGCCUGAAAGUCACUCUACCAAUUACCACAAAGAUAGCGCUAGUCAGUACAAUACAGUUUGCCACAACGGUAUCAGCAGUAGCAGCGGAAUUGAGAAGAGAGGGUUACGAAGUUUCAGUGCCACAGAGCAAGCCACUUAGUCCUGGAGAAAUUUUAGGAUGCACAGCACCACAAGUUCGCUGCGCCGAUGCGGUGAUCUAUAUCGGGGACGGUCGAUUUCAUUUGGAGGCUGCUAUGAUUGCUAAUCCUAAGCUGAGGGCAUUCAAGUACGAUCCGUAUGCAAAGAAAUUGACUGAAGAGUUUUACGAUCACGAGAGAAUGUUGAAGACCAGGCACGAUGCGAUACAGCGUGCUAUAGAAACUGACAAAUAUGCUUUAGUGCUUAGCACUUUGGGCAGGCAGGGCAGUCCUAGUGUAUUAAGAACUUUGCAAAAUAGACUUGAGGCUUUAGGGAAGGAAAACGUCGUAAUAUUGCUGUCAGAGAUAUUCCCAGACAAAAUUAAGCUGUUCAAAGAUGUUGACGCUUUCAUACAAGUCGCGUGUCCACGAUUGAGCAUUGACUGGGGUACUGCGUUCGAGAAACCGUUUCUCACACCCUACGAAGGUGCCGUUGCCCUUAGAAUGGCAGAUUUCGACAAAGAUCGGCCGUAUCCUAUGGAUUUCUACGCUACAAUUAGUCUUGGGCCGUGGACCGCCAAUCACAAGGAAUCUGAAUUUGAAAAGACUGAUGCCUGCUGCGGUAAAUGUAAAAUGGAUAAAUAAAGGAAUCGAUUAUCGUAUAA